UUGAUUAUUGAAGAUCAUUAACAAACGCUUGUGAGAAAUAACAUUCUACAGACGAGUGUGAAGGAGAGAGCAGUUUCACCAGUCCUGAAAAUGUCCAACCUAGUCAGCAUCAAGGAGUUUGAAGAGCAUGCAUACAGAGUGUUACCAAGAAAUACCCUGGACUACUACAGAAGCGGAGCUGGUCAACAAUUAACACUCAAGCAGAAUAGGGAAGCAUUUUCCAGGUACAAAAUCAGACCGAGAUUCUUAAGGAAUGUAGAACACAGAGACUUAUCGACAACCGUCUUAGGAGAAAGAAUUUCUAUGCCUAUAGGAAUAUCUCCUACUGCUAUGCAAAGGAUGGCCCAUCCAGAUGGAGAGUGUGCCAAUGUCCAAGCUGCACAGGCUCUAGGGACGAUUUUUACUUUGAGUACUCUUUCCAACUCUAGCAUUGAGGAAGUAGCUCAAGCAGCCCCACAUGCUAUAAAGUGGUACCAACUGUAUAUUUAUAAAGACAGAGAAGUUACAAAACAAUUGGUUGAAAGAGCCGAAAGAGCUGGAUUCAAAGCUUUGGUCCUUACAGUAGAUGCACCUCUGUUUGGAAUUCGGUUAGCAGAUGUCAAGAACAAAUUUUCUUUGCCACCCCACUUGAGUUUGGCCAACUUCCAAGGUGGAAAAUCCACAGACAUAAAUAGAAAAAGUGAAGAAGGUUCGGGUCUCAACACAUAUUCAAUGUCCUUAUUCGAUCCUACCUUAGAAUGGAGAGACAUACAUUGGUUGAAAAGUAUAACAAGACUCCCAAUUGUACUCAAAGGAAUUUUAACAGCAGAAGAUGCCUUACUUGGAGCAGAAGCAGGAGUGGCUGCCAUACUGGUGUCUAAUCAUGGGGCUAGACAAGUUGACGGAACACCAGCAUCGGUGGAAGCUCUGCCUGAAAUCGUUAAAGCUGUUGGAGACAGAGUUGAGGUUUACAUGGAUGGAGGUAUCACAGAUGGAACUGAUGUCUUCAAGGCACUAGGCCUAGGUGCUAAAAUGGUUUUCGUUGGCCGUCCUGCUUUGUGGGGAUUGGCUCACAGUGGUGAAGAGGGUGUGAAAAAAGUUAUGAAUAUCCUCAAGACCGAAUUUGAUAUUGCCUUAGGACUGUCAGGUUGUACCAAGAUCAGCGACAUUAAACCCGACAUGGUGGUUCACGAAUCCUUCUACUCCAAAAUAUAAUUAACACUUAAGGAAUCGCACUCCUAAAACGAAAGUGACAGUUUCCAACUUUAUGAAAUUUAAAGUAUCACUGAUAUAUUUAUAUAAGUUUUGUCAAUUCAAAUUUAUAUGUUCAAAUUCCAUAGAAGACACUUUAUGGUGACUUUGGGGGAAGCAGGUGAUAAUUCUGAAUAAAAUUAGCUGUCAAUAUUGUGCCACUAUAUUUGACCUAUAUACAAAUCUUAUAAUAAAUUAUAUUUAUUACAUAUGAAUUUUCAAAA